UUACCCAUGGAAGUCAGACCGGCGGAGCCCGUUCCCGAAACCCUAAUCUCGGUCUAGUCCUCCAAUCGAAUUCGGAAUCCUCAUCUAACUCUAAUUUCCUCCUCCCUGCUGUCUUCUUUAUCAAAUCUUUCCUCCCAAAAUCCUCUCUUUUUUCCCUCCGCAAACCCUUCAUCCAUGGCGGACUCUGGCGAGGUCUGCAACUUCUUCCGAAAGCCCAUCAAGAACAAGAACAUCCGCAAGCGUAAAGCCGCCGAAUCCAGUGACGACGACAACGACGAAGAAGGCUCCCAACCCUCCUCCGCCGUCGCCCAGAGAUCCAAGAAGCCCGUCCCCGCCGACAACAAGCUCCACUUCUCCACCGCCCGCUCCUCCUCCAAGACCUACGGCGACGCCACCGGAGACGAUGACGAUGAGGGCGACGAAGCCGCGGGAGGGCGAGCCAGCGCUCUAUUCCACUUCGAGUCCUCCAAAGAGAUCCAGGUCCAGCACGACAGUCUCGCCACGGCGACCCUGGAGACUGAGACCGAAUUCUCCAAGGACGCCCGGGCGAUCCGGGAGCGGGUCCUGAAGCAGGCCGAGGAGGCGCUCAAGGGGAAGUCCAAGGGCAACGACAAGGUCUACCGCGGCAUCCACGGCUACACCGACUACAAGGCUGGGUUCCGGAGGGAGCAGACGGUGGCCGGGGAAAAGGCCGGCGGCGCCCACGGCCCGCUCCGGCCCUCCUCCAACAUCCGGUUGUCGGCUAGGUUCGACUACCAGCCGGAUAUCUGUAAGGAUUACAAGGAGACGGGCUACUGCGGAUAUGGGGAUGCGUGCAAGUUCUUGCACGAUAGGGGGGAUUACAAGUCCGGGUGGCAGCUGGAGAAGGAGUGGGAGGAGGUGGAGAAGGCGAGGAAGAGGGGGUUGGCUUUGGGGGGUGGUGGGACGGAGGGCGAUGGUGGUGAUGAUGAGGAUGAUGACGAUGACGAUUCACUGCCCUUCGCGUGCUUUAUAUGCAGACAGCCGUUCGAGGAACCUGUGGUGACAAAGUGCAAGCACUACUUCUGCCAGCAUUGUGCUCUAAAGCAUCAUGCAACUAACAAGAAGUGCUUUGUGUGCAACAAACCAACCCUUGGCAUAUUCAACACAGCUCAUGAGAUCCGGAAGAAGAUGGCACAAGAAAAAUAGUUCUGUAGAAUUCUGUCCGCUGUUUCUCCAGAUCAAAUAGAGAACAGAAUUUAUACUUGAAUUGGCUUCGCAAUCGAAUGCUUCCCAUGGACCGUCAUUAGAAGCUUAAGAAAUUCAGAUUUUUGAGGCUAUUUUGUUGAUCAGCUUCUUCUGUGGUGAAUUUUGUGUCGUUAGAUCCUUUAAAAACAAACGAGAGGCAAAAGAUGGUUAGCAUCCCAUAAAAGAAAUGCUGUCAAUGUUAGUGCCAAAGGUUCCAGAUGCUAAAGUUGCUGCCUUUUUUUGAAAUUCUUACAAAUUAUACCCACAGUUUGUUAAUAGAGGAAGGACGAGAUGGGUGAUCUUGACUUAUGGGAAAUUAAAUCCCGUUUUAAGGUGGCAACUCGAAUCAUUGGUGCUAGCCUGCUACAUCUAAGGGCGGUUGUGUUUGUAGCUUACAUUAACGAAGGAGUAAUACAUGUAAAGCUUUUCCUUCAAUCAUUGAAAUAGCUGGAUUUAUAUGCUAAAGUUUUUUUAAUUUGUGCAAAUACCAUUUGUUUGAAUAGGUUCUUAAU